GCUACACGCCGGUUUCAAAAAUUUCCAAACUUUUAAUUUCUUUUACCAAUGAGACAAUAACUCAAAUUAUAUCAACUCACAUAGUGCAGAAUCCUACAGAAUUUAAGAUGGGAAUCCCGAGGUACCUAUUGCCAUUCAGUAUUGUUGGCAGUGCUGUAGGAGGUGUAGUUAUAUUGAGAGAAUUGAUGGGCGGGCCACGCUACAAGGCAACCGAACGUGUUCCUGGGAAGACAUUUAUUGUCACGGGUGCAAACACUGGUAUUGGAAAGUAUACUGCUAUGGAACUAGCUAGACUUGGUGGUAAAGUUAUCAUGGCAUGUAGAAAUCCAGAAUCUGAACAAGCAAAGAGGACAAGAUUUGAUAUCAUAGACACAACACAUAACAGAAAUGUACAUUUGAAGAAACUUGACCUUGCUUCAUUGAAAUCUAUUCAGGAAUUUGCUGAGGAAAUAAACAAAGAAGAAGACAAGUUAGAUGUACUGAUAAACAAUGCAGGAGUCAUGCGCUGUCCAAAGUUACUAACAGAGGAUGGAUUUGAAAUGCAGUUAGGUGUCAACCACUUAGGCCAUUUUUUACUUACAAAUCUUCUCCUUGAGAAACUGAAGACAUCAGCCCCUAGCAGAGUGGUUACAUUAUCCAGUGUGGCGCAUGAAAGAGGCGAGAUCAACUUUGAUGACCUCAAUAGUUCAAAAACCUACCAUCCUGCUAGAGCGUAUGAGCAGAGUAAACUAGCAAAUGCCAUGUUUGCAAUAGAACUUGCUAAAAGAUUAGAAGGCACUGGGGUGACAUCUAAUGCAGUACAUCCAGGUAUCGUCAACACAGAGAUAGGACGUCACAUGAAAGUGAACAAGUCAUAUAUAGCUUGGCCUAUCAUUGGACCCAUCAAGUUCCUGUUUUUAAAGAGUCCAGAACAAGGGGCCCAGACAUCAUUAUUCUGCGCCCUAGAUUCAUCCUUAGAAAAUGUCACUGGCAAAUAUUUUAAAAAUUGUGCAGAGAGUCAUUUUGUGGAAAGUGCCAAAAACGCAGCAGACUCUAAAAGACUUUGGGCAAUAAGUGAAAGAUGGACACGAUUAGUUGAUCCAACAACAGAAAAAUCUAAAACUGAAGCUACUGACACCAAAAAAGACAGUGAUAGUAAAAAGUCAUAAUAUAUAUAUUUUUACACUAUCAAAAAAUGUAGCCAAUAGUGUUGAGUUCAUAGAAUAUGUAGUUAAAUUAUUUGAAAUAAAUAAAGGUUCACAUGUAGUGUAAUGGUAAAUUUUUCUUGAAAGAUAGUAAUGGGGGGGGGCAGACAGAGUGGAACAUCUUGAAAUGUCUGAGUUUUGCCAAGUUACUCAUGAUGCUAUAGUCUCAAACAUUUUUG